CGCAGCUCGGGUGCAGCCUCCGGCCGCCCGCCGUCCGGCCGGUCCGCGCGCGCGGCCAUGGAGCUGGAGGUGCCGGACGAGGCGGAGAGCGCCGAGGCGGGGGCCGUGACCUCGGAGGCGGCCUGGGCCGCGGAGAGCGGGGCGGCGGCAGGCUUGGCCCAGAAGAAGAUGGCCGCGACGGAGGCCCCACUGAUGACUGGACAGCCGGGUCCCGGCCACGGGAAGAAGCUGGGUCAUCGGGGCGUGGACGCCUCUGGCGAAACCACCUACAAGAAGACCACCUCGUCCACCCUGAAGGGAGCCAUCCAGCUGGGCAUCGGCUACACCGUGGGCAACCUGAGCUCCAAGCCAGAGCGCGACGUGCUCAUGCAGGACUUCUACGUCGUGGAGAGCAUCUUCUUCCCCAGUGAAGGCAGCAACCUCACCCCCGCCCACCACUUCCAGGACUUCAGGUUCAAGACCUACGCCCCCGUCGCCUUCCGCUAUUUCCGGGAGCUCUUCGGGAUCCGACCUGACGAUUACUUGUACUCGCUGUGCAACGAGCCACUGAUCGAGCUGUCCAACCCUGGUGCCAGCGGCUCCUUGUUCUACGUCACCAGCGAUGACGAGUUCAUCAUCAAGACAGUGAUGCACAAGGAGGCCGAGUUCCUGCAGAAGCUGCUGCCCGGCUACUACAUGAACCUCAACCAGAACCCGAGGACGCUGCUGCCCAAGUUCUACGGGCUGUACUGUGUGCAGUCGGGCGGCAAGAACAUCCGCGUGGUGGUCAUGAACAACGUUCUGCCGCGGGUCGUCAAGAUGCACCUCAAGUUCGACCUCAAGGGCUCCACGUACAAGCGGCGGGCCAGCAAGAAGGAGAAGGAGAAGACCAUCCCCACCUACAAGGACCUGGACUUCAUCCAGGACAUGCCCGAGGGGCUGCUGCUCGAUGCGGACACCUUCUCCGCGCUCGUCAAGACGCUGCAGCGGGACUGCCUGGUGCUGGAGAGCUUCAAGAUCAUGGACUACAGUCUGCUCCUGGGCGUGCACAACAUCGACCAGCAGGAGCGCGAGCGGCAGGCCGAGGGCGCCCAGAGCAGCGCGGACGAGAAGCGGCCGCUGGGCCAGAAGGCGCUCUACUCCACGGCCAUGGAGUCCAUCCAGGGCGGGGCCGCGCGGGGCGAGGCCAUCGAGUCGGACGACACGAUGGGCGGCAUUCCCGCCGUGAACGGCCGCGGCGAGCGUCUGCUGCUGCAUAUCGGCAUCAUUGACAUUCUGCAGUCCUACAGGUUCAUCAAGAAGCUGGAGCACACCUGGAAGGCCCUCGUGCAUGAUGGGGACACCGUCUCUGUCCACCGGCCCAGCUUCUAUGCCGAGCGCUUCUUCAAGUUCAUGAGCAACACGGUGUUCCGGAAGAAUUCCUCCCUGAAGUCCUCACCAUCCAAGAAGGGCCGUGGUGCCUUGCUGGCCGUCAAGCCCCUGGGGCCCACUGCUGCCUUCUCAGCCAGCCAGAUCCCCAGCGAGCGCGAGGACGCGCAGUAUGACCUCCGUGGGGCCCGCAGCUACCCCACGCUAGAGGACGAAGGCCGGCCCGACCUCCUGCCCUGCACGCCGCCAUCUUUUGAGGAGGCCACCACCGCCUCCAUCGCUACAACCCUGUCCUCCACGUCGCUCUCCAUCCCGGAGCGGUCUCCCUCGGAGACAUCGGAGCAGCCGCGGUACCGGCGGCGCACGCAGUCUUCGGGACAGGAUGGCCGGCCCCAGGAGGAGACCCACGUGGAGGAGGACCUGCAGCAGAUCACGGUGCAGGUGGAGCCCGCGUGCAGCGUUGAGAUCGUGGUCCCCAAGGAGGAGGACGCGGGGGUGGAGGCUUCCCCAGCCGCUGCCGCUGCGGAAGCAGAAACCACCAGCCAGGCCUCGGAGCCCGCCAGCCAGGCCUCGGACGAGGAGGACGCACCCGCCACAGACAUCUACUUCUUCACCGAUGGGAGGUACUGGAUUUACUCUCCCCGGCAUCGCCGACUGCGGGCCGUGACGCUGAGCUCCUCAGGGACUCCCACCGAUGAGAGGAGCUGGGUGUACUCCCCGCUUCACUAUAGCGCGCACGCCCGCCCAGCCUCCGACGGCCAGAGCGACACCUAAUGUCUAUGCAGUCACCGACCCGGAGCCGAGCGCCCGCCGCCGCCGCCGCCGCCCUGGCUGCUUCCCGGAGGCGCUGCCCGCCCGCAGGACCUGGCUUCACCGCCGGCCGCCGCUCCCGUCGACUACCUAUGCCUGUGAGACUGUGAACCUCCCUGAGUGUCCGAUCACGUAUUUAUUUUGGGUCCUUACUCUUUGCACAAAGACGGCAGCACAGGUGUGCUUUUUUACAAAAAGAUUUUAAAAAACAAAACAAAAAAAUGGAUGUGUCCGGAAGAACGAAGCGAGUCCACUCUGCCGCACGUCGGGCUUGUUGCUGUGUUUGCGUUUGUCUCCCUGAGGGGACAGGGCCUGCCGGCUCUGGGGACCUGUGCCCCACGGCCUGCUCACCCCGGCUGAAAUCCACACUCCGAGGUUGCCUCUCUCCUCUUGGAUGGGCUGCCGCCCAGGAGGGAAGGGCCCCCGUGCCCACAGGCACUCCGGGCUCAGGUGUUCCGGGCCAGGCACUGGACGCAUGUCCUUGGACGUGGCCAGCCAGUGGUCUGGGGGUGGCCCUCCACCCUGCCGGUGCCCGUGAUCUCUCUGCAUCUGCUUCCCACCACCUCACCUGCCAGGGGACUUGAGAGGCAGGAAAGGCCAGGAGGCCACCCCUCUCGAUGGAGCUCAGGACUGUGGGCCUCUCUGCCCUCCCCACGCCCCCACUUGGUGUCUCGAAGAGAGGGCCCAGGCAGAGGGAGGAGCGCUGGGCCCUCGGGCCAGGGGUGCUUCCGGAGAGCCGGGGCGCUCCGGUAGUCAGGCUGCUCAGAUGUCCAGUAAGCGAUCCCCCCUCAGGACUGGGAUGGGCUUUCUCUGUUUGUUUUACUUGUUUAAGGUGGUGACAUGUAAGCAAGUUACAGGAGAGGUGACAAAAUUCUUCGUGGAAAAGAAAAAUGUUUUUGGUUUGUCAUCUUCGACAGGAAGCAACCUCCCCUGGGCUCAGAGACCCUACUCAGUCCAGAGGGGACUAUGGGAACUGACAGCCUGGCCGAGCCGGGGUGUGUGUCCUGCCCCCACAGAAAUGCCCUCCCACCCCUGGAGAGGUGGCAUAGCGGGGAUGGUUCCCUCUGCCCGCUCUGCCCUCCUCCCCACUCCCAUUGGCCUGCUUGCAUGGGAGGAGGGGGAGCUGGCUCAGAGCAGAAGCUGCAGCCGGAAGAAUUUCUUCCAGCCCCUGCCUUCCUGGUGGAGAACCCACGGAUCAGGAGUUUGAUUUUCCGAGUCCCUCUUCUGGGUCCCUCGCCUGCUCUCACCUCCUCCCGGCCCCCCGCACAGCUCAUUUUGUGUGCCUGGAGGGAGCCUGUGGGGCUCGCUGCUGUCUGUCCAGGCUGGCCAGGGACGUGCCACGUGGGGCCCGGGGAAGGCAGCCGUGAGAGGAGCCAUCGGAACAAGGCUGUGGAUGUCCCAAAUCAGAAGCAAAAUGACAUCUCCAUCUUGUCGAAAGGGGCUUCGACCAGAUGGUAGGAAGCGUCCUCACCCGAUUUCAGACGGCUGUCUGUCUGCAUGCCCUGAGUCGCCAGUCCGUCCCACCCCUUCCCGCCGAGGAGGUGGCCGCUGAGCAGGCGGAGGUCCAGAGGUGCGUCUCAGGCCUUGAUGACUGACAGGGACAACUGUGUCACCCAAAAGCUGGCACUGGAGUCCCCGCUCAGGCCCCCAAGGCCAGAUAGUCAGGCACGUUGCGAGUUCUGUCGGAGAUGACCGGAGGCGUGCACACAUUCCUGGCACAGUGAGCCCGUGCCUGGCGCACCUGCAGCCACUCAGAGCUUGAGGAGCAAGGACGGGAGCUCUGCUGGCUCCCUCGGGCUCUCCGGAGCGAAUCACGGAACAGAGGCAUCGCUGGGAUGCUGACUUGCCAGAGAAGUCUGCAAGCCUCCCGGAUAUCAUGACGUUUCUAUUUUUGUGCUAGUUGCUGAGACCCCUUGGGGGACCCGUUUUGUGUGGGUGGCAUUCUUGGUCCCUUUUCAGAGAACUGUCACAUGGAUGCCAACGUGGUCUGCAGACUGUGCCGAUGGGAGUUGUUGGUUUAUUAUUUGGGGGGGUCAGGGGUCAGAAGACAAGACUUUAUUUAUAAUGUGUAGCAAAUCCAUGGCCUUUCCCAGGCUCCCCCCCUCCAUCCCCCCACCAAGGAAGGCUCUGGACCCACUCAGCUGUCGCCCACCCCCAGCAUAGAAAUCUAAAUUCCUUCGUGGCGACACCUUGUCUCCCUCCUGGUGCGUCUCAGAUGGCAUCUCGGAGACCCUAGGAUUGCUGAGCUGUGAAAACGAAAGUUCCGAGACUGACAAGCUGCAGCUUCCCGGGAGCCCCCACCAGCCUCCAUUGUCCACCUGCCCUCGCCCCUCCCUCCACCACUCGGCUCAGUGCAAUAGUCCCCUUCCAGUGGGGUCCCUUGCCAUGGUACUGUCGCUGCAGCCCCUCAGUCCGCACCCUGGGCCAGCGCCCUCCACCGCCUUUUCUCUGGUGGCUCAGUUGCAUCGCCUGCCCCCCCCGCCCCCCCCCAUGUCGUUUUUAUGGUCGAACUGAUUUCCAAACAACAAAACUGCAAACCUUGUGUGUCUUAAUUCUCUCCGGGGGUUCCGUGUGCUCAGCCUCCGUGGUCUGGUGUGUGACAAUCUGGAGCGCGGCCUCAUCGGGCACAGAAUGCCGUCUCUCAAACCCAGAGCUGUGGGCACCUCUGUAACCGUGCACCCCGCUGGCCCCAGUAACAUAUGCAGCCUCGGGCCCCUUCCCCCUCCCCACUGCCCUUCUCCUUUUUACGUUGAAGAGUUCUCUCUAAUAAAAUCGGGUAAUAAGCAUCAA